AUCCCCUUUCACUUAUCACACUCCACAUCAUUUUACUCCCACUCACAUUUCUCUCUUUCUCUCUCUAGUUUCUCUCACAAUUAAUACAAGAAUGGUAGAAACAGAAGUAGCUGCGCUAAUAGCACCAUGGUUGACCCCAACUUCUCUCUUCGUUCUCCUCAACAUUCUCCUCGCUACAAUCUUCCUCGCCAACAACAACAACAACAACAACCACAACAACAACUCCAAGAACAAUCUAGAAACUCAUCAUCAUCAUCAAUAUCACCAAUCUCCAGACGACGGAGCUUCUCUUGUACCACCACCACCUCAGCUCGUACGUGCGCCCUCUCUCUUCUCACGUGUCGCAUCCUUCAACUUCUCUAAUUACUAUUCUGAGUCGCACGCGUCGGAUCCUGCAACGGUUACCUUCACACGUGCGCCGUCGUUUCUGCAACGUGUCACGUCGUUUAAAUUCGGCCGAGGUAAUGGAACUGAAAAUGAAGAGGAAGCACGUGACAGUGGUGUGACUCAUCACGUGAGGAGAGAGAAUAAAUCUGAUUCUGAUUCAGAGGACCGGAAAUCGGAGGAGAAGGUGGUCAAGGUUAAGAAGAAGGUAAAUAAAAAAGUAAAGAAAGAAGUUACUGCGGUAAAAAAGGAAAAGGAGGUGGUAGUACCAGAGGUGAAGGAAACGACGUCGUUGUUUAGGAAAAAAGAUGAGGUAGCUGAAGUUAAGGAAACGACGUCGUUGAAGCGUGAAGAUGAAGAAGGGGUAGAUUCAAAGGCAGAUGAUUUUAUUCAUAAAUUUAAGCAGCAGUUGAAAUUGCAGAGGCUUGAAUCGUUGCUUCGUUACAGAAAUAAUUGAAGAAUCAAGUUUGAAGGGUGUUUUUGUCUUUUACUAUGUACUACUAUUAGGGUUUAGAUAUUUAUUUGUUUCAUCUACUUUUUUGCUUUACAGCCUAUUUUAUUUUUUUACUAGCGGUAAUAUUUAAGCUACUGUGUCUUUACCCGUAAAAAGAAGUUACUGUAUUUUUCUUUUUGAGUGUUUUAUCUUUUUGGGAGGAGCAAUUGGGUUGCAACUUGCAAAGCACAUGGGUGCUCAAUUUUGUGGUAAAUAUAAGAUUAUUUAUA